AUGGUGACAACAAACAUGGCACGCGAUGCGCUGGAGAAGUGGCUGCUCAAGCAUACAAUGGUAUUAAUAUUGUGGGGUUGGGAUUGCAUUCAAUGCCAGCAUCGGUGGCGUACGUAUGUUAGACGGAACCGGUUAGUCAUUAUCGUUAUUGAUUUGUGCGACCAAUACUUACAGUCAAAUAUAUCAUAUGUUACAGUGACUGAUGAGGUGGAGGCGCGAGCGCUUAGUAUGAAUCCCAAUCACAUCGACAUAUACUCGGCGUCGUGGGGUCCAGAAGAUGACGGCAAGACAGUGGACGGGCCCGGAAGGCUCGCACAGAGAGCUUUUAUUGAUGGCAUACGAAAGGGACGUCACGGACGGGGAUCUGUAUUUAUAUGGGCAUCAGGGAAUGGCGGCCGACGUCUAGAUAACUGUAAUUGUGAUGGAUAUACCAAUUCUAUAUAUACUCUCUCCAUAAGCAGUGCCACACAAAACGGUGCCGCCCAAUGA